AUGGAAGAGUCUUACGAUGCUGUUGUCUGUGGCACUGGCCUGACAGAGUGCGUCCUCAGCGGGCUGCUCUCCGUGAAUGGGUACAAAGUGCUUCACGUGGACCGCAACCCGUACUACGGCGGUGAAUCCGCCAGCCUGAACCUGGAGCAACUGUACCAGAAGUUCAACAAGGGCGCCCCACCCGCCUCGCUCGGUCGCAGCCACCUUUACAACGUGGAUCUCAUUCCCAAGGUUCUCAUGUGCGCCGGUGAGUUAGUGAAAAUUCUUCGCUGCACCGUCAUUGACCGUUACAACAUGGAAUUCAUGCUUAUUGAUAACUCCUUUGUCAUCAAGGAUGGCAAAAUUGCGAAGGUGCCUGCAACGGAAGCAGAGGCACUUAUGUCUCCCCUGAUGGGGUUUUUUGAGAAGCGCAAGGCAGCAAAACUGUUUCAGUUCAUGGGCAACUACGACCCAAAGAACCCCAAGACACAUAAAAAUUAUAAUCUUCACGCCAUGACUAUGGCACAACUCUACAAGGAAUUUGGUAUCGGUAAUGACACCAUUGACUUUGUCGGUCAUGCCGUUGCGCUUCAUACGAAUGAUGAUUACAUGCAACGCCCGGCUAUAGAAACGGUGAUGCGCUGCAAGCUUUACGAGGAAUCAUUCAACAUGUACGCCACCUCACCGUAUGUUUAUCCCUUGUACGGCAGUGGUGAGCUACCGCAGGCCUUCUCCCGUCUUUGUGCCGUGUAUGGUGGUACAUAUAUGUUGCAGACACCGGUGACAAAAGUGAAUUUCAAUGAACAAGGGGCUUUUGAAUCCAUUGAAAGCAAUGGUAAAAAGGCCUAUGCAAAGCUGAUUGUGGGCGACCCCUCAUACUUCCCUGACCGUGUGAAAAAUUGUGGGAAGGUGGUUCGCUGCAUCGCCAUCAUGAAUCACCCCAUUCCAAACCUAAAGGUGGAUUGCAAUUCAUGUCAAAUUAUUAUUCCGCAAAAAGAACUCAAACGUAAUAAUGAUAUGUACAUAUUGCAACUUGGGGCCAACAACAAAGUAUGUCCUGAAGGGUAUUACAUUGCCAUUAUAGGCACAGUCGUGGAAAACGUAGAAAACCCGGAGAUGGACAUCCUCCCAGGAUUACGCGUCAUUGGCGACACUCUUGAGACAUUCAUCUCCGUCUCAGACUUGUAUGAGCCCAUGGAGGAUGGAAAAGUGAGCAGGUGCUUUAUCAGCAACAGCUAUGACGCCGCCACGCACUUUGAGAGUGCUGCCGCGAAUAUCCUUGAACUAUUCCAACGCAUUCAUGGAAAACCGUGCGACUUUGAAAGUAUGAAGCAGCUAGGGGGAGCGGCUAACGCCUAG